AUUGGGAAUAAUAGCAAUAAGAAGAAGAAGAAGGCAGUUUGGGUUUAUCCAAAGGUUAGGGUUGGUUCUAAUUAUUAUCUUUGUGAAAGAUGGGGGCAUUCUUCUUGCUACUCUAUUAACAAUGGUUUACUCUAUGUCUUUGGGGGAUGCCGCGGCGGUUUGCAUUUUAGGGAUGUUUUGGUUCUAAAUCUCAAGACAAUGGCGUGGAAUGUUCUAGUAACGACGGGGCAAGGUCCGGGCCCACGAGACAGCCACAGCGCGGUUGUCGUUGGACACAAGAUGAUAGUGUUUGGCGGGACGAAUGGUUCGAAGAAGGUGAAUGAUCUCCACGUAUUGGACCUCCAAACGCGGAUUUGGGCCCGGCCCGAAUGCCAGGGGACCCCUCCUUCGCCACGCGAAAGUCACACCGCAACGCUGGUUGGGCGUGACAAGGUGGUGGUGUUUGGGGGGAGUGGGGAAGGAGAGGCCAAUUAUCUCAAUGAUUUACACGUCUUGGACCUUAAAAGCAUGAGCUGGACAUCCCCUAAAGUGGAGGGUAGGGUGCCCUCCCCAAGGGACAGCCAUUGUGCUUUUGCUAUAGACCACAAUCUGUUUGUUUAUGGCGGAGAUUGUGGGGAUAGGCAUCAGGGAGAAGUUGAUGUGCUUGAUCUGGAUACUUUGACUUGGUCAACGUUUGAUGUUCGUGGACCUUCUCCCGGUGUAAGAGCAGGUCAUGCUUGUGUGACUUAUGGUUCCAAGGUGUACAUUAUUGGAGGAGUGGGUGACAAGCAAUACUACAACGACGUUUGGGAGCUCGACGUGAUAAACCGUACAUGGACCGAGAUCGAAACGCGUGGCGAAAAGCCGCAAGGCCGGUUUUCUCACACUGCAUCCAUUCUCACUCCCUCAUCAAACAUAGCAAUCUUUGGAGGAUGUGGAGAGGACGAGCGGCCUUUGAACGAGCUGCUCGUCUUGCAGCUUCGAGCCGAACCCGACAACGCGAGUAGCAGCAGCCUAUCUGCAGGUUCUAGAAGCUGUGAGAACUUGAUGGGUUAUGAAGAAGGGAAAAUGUGUAGCAGAAAGAUAGAAGAGCUGUUUACUAAGAGUGCCAAGAAGAUGGCCUUAUCAACAGACGCUAAAAGAGUAUUGAGCUUGGAAUCAAUGCCCUCUUUCAUUCAUAAUGGUUUAGAGACAUUGCACCCAAAGAGGAGAAGAAUGCUAACAAAUCCAGACAUGGAGGAGGAAGAGGAAGACGAGGACGUUGAUUAUCGCUCUCUCUCACUUUCCAAUCACUCGUCUAAUUCGUCGUCUCAAUCCGACCAAGAGCCGGCAACAAGCGCCACCGUCAUGGUCGGCCGCCCGGUGGCUCCUAAGCAUGACGACCAGUUCCCUUUGUUCCGGAGGAAAAGCUCGCCGCCAAACAAGCCCGGCCAGCCGUCUUACCUCGGCGGCGUCCACAAAGUUGAUCUCCCUAAUCCUUUGCCCGUUUUUCCCGUAACCGCAAAGGGUUUGCAGUUGGUUGGCCUGGAGCAUCUUCAUGGAUUAAGCCGUGUCAAACCUUUGGAGGUGGGGCAAUCCCCUAGCUUGAUUGGAGCAGAGAUUCACGGCAAGGUCGACGGAGCCUUCGAUUCGGGCUACCUAAUGACCGCAACGGUGAACGGGAAGGUGUUCCGAGGCGUCCUUUUCCCUCCGGGACCUGGUCUCGGGCCACAAGGACCCGUUCUUGGCCCAAACCACCAUUUGACGGCGCCCCCAGUGACCCAAACUGCCCACCUUUCUGUUAGGAGGCAAGCCCACCCGGCAGUGCAAUUGUCGGGUGGGGAAGAUGUUUACCAGAGGUUUCGAACGGUGCCGGGCAAAAGGCGGAGUGGCACAUGUGUGAGAGCGCCUCCGCCUUUGAAAGAGCCGAGUCAUGGCCAUGGGAGAGACGUUCAAGAUGUGGUUUUGUCACUCGGAGGACCAGGACUUGGACAUGCUUAAACUAGUUAUGGUCUUGACAAAUUGCUGUU